UAAAGCAAAUGUCUCAAAUCAUUUCCCACCGUAGUAUCCUUGCAAUGGCUGUUUCUUUGCUUAUCCGCCUCUUCUUCUUCUUCGUCUUCGUCUUCAUAAUAUCUGUCGAUGGCCAAUGCCGCGAUGAUCAAAAAAAAUUAUUACUUGACCUCAAGAGCGAAUUAGUAUUCAACUCUUCUUCCUAUUCGGCUCGUUUCUUGAUGUGGAAUGAGAGGGAUGAUUGUUGCAAUUGGAGCGGCGUGGAAUGUGAUAAUGAGUCGGGUAGAGUCAUGAGUUUGCUCUUGAAGAACCAGGGGAUCUCGGGCGGAAUUGGUGAGAUUCCUAACCAAUUCCAUCGUCUUACAAAUUUGAAACUACUUUAUUUGUCACAAUCCGGCUUCAUGGGACCAUUUCCAUCCACGCUUGCUAACUUGGCAAACCUAGUUAUACUGGAUUUGUCAAGCAACUUCCUCACUGGUUCAAUUCCUUCAUUUCAUAAAUGCAAGAAUCUUGAAUCUAUAGACCUUAGUGAUAAUAAUCUAAUGGGCUCACUUUCUCGCUUCCAUUUUCAAGGUCUUACAAACCUCGUCUUAUUAGAUUUAAGCCACAAUUCAUUGAACGGCUCCAUUCCUCACCAUCUUUUCGCGCUGCGUUCACUUGGUUUUCUUGAUCUAUCCAACAACCAAUUCAGUGGACAAAUCGAAGAUUUUCCCAUGGAAAAUCAGUCUAGCAUUAGUUGGCUAGAUUUGAGUGGUAAUAGGAUUGGAGGCCCUAUUCCUAACUUCUUCUUCCAUCUUCAAAGCAUGUGGGGUCUCAGGCUUUCUAACAACUUGUUCAAUGGGACUUUUAAACUGGAUAAGAUUCGAAGCCUUACAAGUCUUUCGGAACUUACUCUUUCUAACAACAACUUAUCAGUUGACACAACCAACAUGAGUUCACAUGGAUACACCAACUUAGAAAGGCUACUCCUGUCGUCGUGCAAGAUGUACAGUUUCCCGAAUCUUAGAAAUGUAUCGUAUUUGUUAGAUUUGGACCUCUCGAAUAAUUAUAUGGGAGGAGCUAUUCCUAACUGGAUUUGGGAGAUUGAAGUUAUGAGCUUGAAUCUCUCUCUUAAUCAUCUGACAGAUUUCGAAAAGCCUUACCGUAUACCUCAUACUAUUAGAACACUUGACUUGCACUCUAACCUGUUCAGCUGUGAGUUUCCCUUGCUUUCACAAUCAAACCAAUCUAUCUUGGUUUCCACCAAUUUGUUUUUUCUCGCGGACAAUAGCCUAACCGGAGUGAUUCCAACCUCCAUAUGCAGUAUAUCUCGACUUGUGGUUCUCGACUUGUCUUUCAAUAACUUAAAUGGUAGCAUACCUCGCUGCCUAUUGGAAAAGAGUAGUGACCUUACAGUUCUCAAUAUUAGGGGAAACAAUAUAAGUGGUUUUAUCCCUGAUGCAAUGAGAGGGAAUUGUGUCCUAGAAACCUUUGAUGUUAGUGACAACAAUUUAGGAGGGAAGAUUCCAAAGUCUUUGGAAAAUUGUAAUGAAUUAGCAGUGAUGAAUGUUGGAAACAACAACUUUGAUGGUAACUUCCCUUGCAUGGCACUGCCGGUGAGCUUGAAGGUUCUUGUGUUGCGCGGCAACAGAUUCCAUGGAGAGUUAAGAUGCAGUAAGAGUUGGCCGGAUCUUCAAAUUUUGGAUAUAUCUUCAAAUAAUUUCAGUGGCACUUUGAAUCUGAUAAACUUCUCAAGUUUGAGAGGAAUGAUGCUACAAAGUAGAGCACAUUUAAGGCCUACCCGUUCAGCCUCUGAUAUUUUAAGUGCAGACAAUUUUUAUCGGGAUGAGGUGACAAUAACGGUGAAAAAUGUAGAAGUGAAGCUUGUGAAGAUUUGGCCUGACUUUACAUCCAUUGAUUUGUCUUCCAAUCGUUUUCGAGGAGAAAUACCAGAUGCAAUUGGUAAUCUUAGCUCACUCUAUCUUCUCAACUUAUCCCACAACUCUAUCAGCGAUGCAAUCCCGAGAUCAUUGGGUGCCUUGACAGAGCUUGGGUCGCUCGACCUCUCUUCAAACAAGCUCACCGGAAGAAUACCAGAGGAGCUUGCCAAACUCACUUUCCUUUCAGUUUUGAACUUGUCAUACAAUCAUCUCACUGGACUGAUCCCAACUGGCACUCAGUUUCAAACGUUUUCGGCAGAUUCAUAUGUAGGAAACGCGGGGUUAUCUGGUUUCCCACUUAACGGAAGUUUCAACAACCCUCAUCGGCCUGGUCCAUCGCCAUCAGAUGAUUCAGAACCAAAGGAUGAGGAGAUUGAGUGGGAAUAUGUGUUUGCUGCAUUUGGUUAUGUUGUGGGAUUUGGAAGCAUUGCAUGGACACUGCUAUGUUGCAGAAGCUUGAGAGAAAGAUACUUUGAGAAGAUAGAAGAGGUUGCUGACAAGUUAUUCUAUGAGAGAGGAAGGAGAAAAAGAUAUGAAAGAAGAGUAAGAAGAAGAAGAGAAGAGAAGAAGAGAAGAGAAGAGAGGAGGAAUGGGCUUAGGAGACAUCAUCUGUGAGGUUGAUUGUGCAAUUUGGUUUGUGGUGUGAACUUUCUUUUUCCAAUGUGUGUUUUUUUUGUCUGCUCAAAACUUCUAUGGUAUAAUUGUGUUUUUGUAUCUUAUUUUAUAAAUAUAUCUUAUUAUUAUUAUUAU